AUGAGCACCAGCUCCCACAUGAUUCUGGGGCCAGGGAGGACCCCCACCCCCAGAACGGCAGGGCUCUACCCAGCAGAGACAGACUCCAGGCGCAAGACCCGAGCCCAGACUGCACUAGACACUCAGCGGUUACCAGACCCGCAGCAGCAGCACAGCACUCUGGGUGCAUACCGGAGGAGGGCAUCCUACCGAACACCGCAUCUGCACGGACAACCAUCCACACGGACCAAGCACACAGAGGAGCCCCAGUCAAACGACGCCCCACCUAAUCAUGCUGGACCCGACCGAAGAAAG